GACAAAAUGAACCCUUUCUUUUUUCUGGGUUUUGGACAUUCUCAUCUAGUCUACUCCUGGAAUAGAGGUGUGCCUUUCAACUCAACAAAUGAGACGUACUGCUACAGCACUGCCCGUGGCAGCACAGUGCUCCAAGGAGUAACUUUUGGUGGAAUCCCAACUGUCCUGCUGCUUGAUGUAACCUGCUUUUUUAUUUUGAUAUUACUGUUUUCCAUUAUAAGAAAGAGAUUCUGGGACUAUGGUCGUGUUGCUCUGGUAUCAGAAGUUGAAAGUGAGUCAAGAUACAACCGAUUGUCAACAUCUUCAUCAAUACCUGAAGAUCUUGAAUAUGAUAGGGGGUUUUGUUCUUGGAUGACAGCUGCUUUUCGGAUGCACGAUGAUGAGAUCCAUGAGAGAUGUGGUGAAGAUGCCAUACAUUAUCUUGCCUUCCAGCGUCACAUCAUCUGUUUGUUGAUUGCUGUCAGCAUUUUGUCUGUGUGUGUCAUAUUGCCUGUCAACCUAUCUGGGGAUCUACUUGAUAAAGAUCCCUAUAGUUUUGGAAGAACAACUAUAGUGAACUUACAAAUUGGUAAUAAUCUUCUUUGGCUGCACACGGUUUUUGCUGUUGUUUACUUGAUUCUCACUGUUGUCUUCAUGAAACAUCACAUGAAGUAUGUCACAUAUAAAGAAGAAAACACAGUUAAGUGCACGUUGUUUGUAACUGGUCUUCCAAAAAAUGCAAAAGAAGAGACAAUACAAGGCCAUUUCAGUGCUGCCUACCCAACCUGCACAGUGCUGGAGGUCCAGCUGUGCUAUGAUGUAGCCAAGCUUAUUUAUCUCUUCAAAAAAAGAAAACAGGCAGAAAAAAGCCUGACUUAUUAUGAACACCUGCAUCAGAAGUAUGGCAAGCGGGUCCAAAUCAACCCUAAGCCAUGUGGUCAAUUCUGUUGUUGUGAAAUGAGAGGAUGUGAAAGGGAGGAUGCUGUAGAUUAUUACACCAAAGUUAGAAAUGAACUGAUGGAAGAAUAUUUAAAAGAGGAACAAGCUGUUCAUAACAACCCACUGGGAAUGGCAUUUGUAACAUUUCAAGAGAAGUCCAUGGCAACCUAUAUCCUUAAGGAUUUCAAUGCCUGCAAAUGUCAGAGUAUUAAGUGUAAAGGAGAACCACAGCCAUCAUCCUACAGCAAGGAGUUGUGCGUAUCAAACUGGGAGGUUACAUAUGCUCCUUAUCCUGAGAAUAUUUGCUGGAAAAAUCUUUCCGUGCGUGGACUGAAAUGGUGGUUUAGAUGGGCUUGCAUUAAUUUGCUUCUUUUUAUUGUGCUAUUUUUUCUUACCACUCCUUCCAUAAUAAUUUCAACCAUGGACAAGUUCAAUGUCACGAAACCUAUUCACUACCUUAAUAAUCCCAUCGUCAGUCAGUUUUUCCCGACACUCUUGCUCUGGUCCUUUUCAGCUUUGCUGCCAACAAUUGUCUAUUACUCAACCUUGCUGGAGUCCCACUGGACAAAAUCUGCAGAGAACAGAAUAAUGAUGCAUAAAGUCUACAUAUUUUUGAUCUUCAUGGUAUUGAUUCUGCCCUCCCUUGGUCUGACCAGCCUUGAUUUUUUUUUCCGUUGGCUGUUUGACAGAGAAUCCUCUGAUUCUGCAGUCAGGCUGGAAUGUGUUUUUUUGCCUGACCAGGGAGCUUUCUUUGUGAAUUAUGUGAUUGCCUCUGCUUUCAUUGGCAAUGGGAUGGAGCUGCUUCGCCUGCCUGGCCUCAUCCUUUAUACUAUACGCAUGAUAAUGGCAAAGUCCACAGCAGAAAGGAAAAAUAUUAAACAGCAACAAGCAUUUGAAUAUGAAUUUGGAGCAAUGUAUGCCUGGAUGUUAUGCGUAUUCACUGUCAUCAUGGCCUAUAGCAUUACAUGUCCCAUCAUUGUCCCAUUUGGGUUAAUAUACAUACUCCUUAAGCACAUGGUUGACCGUUAUAACCUUUACUAUGCGUAUCUCCCUGCCAAGCUGGAGAAGAAGAUGCACUUUGCAGCUGUGAAUCAAGCCCUUGCAGCUCCAAUUCUCUGCCUUUUCUGGCUCUAUUUUUUCUCAUUUUUGCGGCUAGGCUUUAAAGCACCUACAACCAUGUUUACCUUCCUAGUUGUCAACAUCACAAUUGUUAUUUGCUUGGCUUAUACUUGUUUUGGCUGUUUCAAGUACCUGAGCCCACUGAAUUAUAAGAUUGAAGACCUGCAAGGUGAAAGAGGAAAUGACACAGAUGCACCAACCAUCCCAGCAUCUUCUAUGUAUGUGCCCCGAGUUUUGCAUCCUCAUUCUACAGAAAGGACAAUGCUCACCCCCAAGGAGCAGCAAUCAUAUGGCACCAUGGACAACAGUAGUGCACAGGCGGAAGUCAUAAGCUAUUCUGCUGGACCUGCAAUUAUUGAGCAGGCAUCAAGAGGCUCGCUUUGA